AUGAAGUAUGAUACUGAUGAUAUACAAUCGCUAUUACUCGUAUUGUUCAUCAACGAGGUGAUCGUUCUGUCCCACAUCAACCACCGGAAUGUGGUGAAGCUGCUGGGGUGCUUCUCGGAGACGCAGCAGGUUCCCUCGCUGGUCUGCGAGUUCAUACCCAACGGAACCCACCCUCUUCCACCACAUCCAUGGCGAAAGCCGCAAGGGCUCGCUGUCCUUGGCGAACCGCCUGAGGAUAGCGUCAGAGACGGUGGGGCGUUGGCCUACCUGCACUCGGCAGCAUCCACGCCGAUCAUUCACGGGGAUGUCAAGUCCGCCAACAUCCUCCUCGACGACAGCUGCACCGCAAAGGUGGCAGACUUGGGAGCGUCCAAGCUCAUGCUGUCCGACCACGACGGCCUGCCGUCGCUGGUGAAGGGCACGCUGGGGUACUUGGACCCCGGGUACCUGCACACGUCUCAGUUCACCGACAGAAGCGACGUGUACAGCUUCGGCGUCGUUCUGGUCGAGCUGCCGACGGGGGAGGAGCCCAUCAUGAACCAGUUCCACGAGGCGUCGGAGGACCGCACGAUGGACGAGGGCUCGCCAGAGCUCAUAACGAUGCUCACUGAGCUCGCGAAGAGGUACCUCGAGAUGAGGGGGGACGAGAGACCGACGAUGGAGGAGGUGGCCAUGGAGUUGGAAGGGCUGCGGAGGCUGGAGAAGCAGCACCCUUGGUUCAAAGACAACGACGAAGAGGAGGAGAGAUUGCCGAGAGAGACCGCAUCAUCCGACAACGAUUUCCGGUCAACGUUCAUCGAUGACCAAAAAUGCAAGACGUGUGUGUAUGCUCGCAACAUUUCUGUAGAGAUGUAG